AUGGAACUUAAUAAUAAAAUUGCACAACAGCAACAACAACUAGAAAAAUAUAAAAAUGAGAUCAGGGGUAGUGAAGAUUCAGAACAUCGGCAUUCUGCAUCAUUGUUCACUCUUCAAGAUGUUUGUGCAUUGAGAGCAAAUUUCCGGUCAGCUAGGGAAGCAAACUUAGUUAUUCUUAAUGUUAAUGCAGAACUUGAUAUAGGAACAAGUGAAGCUGUUACUGAUACAUUGGUGGCUCAUUUAAUAUUUCUUACUGUUGACUUUAAUGAAUGGCCCUUGGUAGUUAAGUGA